AUGCAGCCCUAUGGAUCCUACAAUCCAUCAACUAAUUAUCAGCAAAACCAAUCAAUGGCUCCUUAUGGAGUCAUCUAUAACAAUGGACAAAAUAUGCCGCAAUUUCCAAACAAUGGUAUGAAUAAUUAUUACAAUAGUACACCUACAACUUCUCAAUUUCCAUAUAAUAAUGGAUUUUUGAUGCCUACACAUGUAUCUUAUGUUUCUCCAUCUGCUAAUACCCUUAAUACAAGUUUCAGCAACAAUGGUUAUGUUCCACAAAGUAUGCAACCUAAUCCCCAAUCUACAUUGUCUUAUAACUAUAAUAAUGUAAUUUUACCAAAUCCAAAUACAUACUUUAAUAAUGCUCCACCGAUUAAUACAAAUGUAACAAAUUUCAAUAUGCAAAUGUCUCCAAACACUACACCAUGCUAUCAAGGGGAAAACUUUACACAUAAUAUGUCUUUACAAGUUAAUCCAUCAAACAUUAAUUAUGGAUCACCAGUUAGUGGUUCAAACAACCGACAUACACCUAAUUCAAGAAAAGAUGAUGAAUGGUUUAAUUUAACAAGUAAGUUUUUAAAUAAUCCAAUAAAAAAUUCUACCCGUAAUAUUUCAUCUAACACUCAUCAAACUGAUUCAAAACAAAGACAUUUUUCUAAAAAUCAAUCAGUUAAUACAAGAAAUCCAAAAUCCCUUUCAAAAAUAUUACCUAGAACUACAAAGUCAUAUGUAGCAACUAAGUCGUCUGGAACUGCAAAAUUACCCGAAAAACUGUCUAUUGAACAAAUAAUGGCUAAUGAACAAAAAAAACAUUAUCACUCUUUUGAAUCUGAUCUAUAUUAUAAAAAGCUUAAAGACUCAAAGGUUAUAAUAGCAAAUGAUAUAACGCUAGAAGUAUGCAAUGAAUUUGAAAGAGUGUUAGAAAAACGUGCUACAGCUGUGAAUGCAUUAAAACCAGUAUAUAGCAAACCUCGUAAAAGUAAUGUUAAUGUGCGUAAGCAUAAAUGUGUCGGAAGUAAAGACUGUGCUAAUGAUUCUUGUAGUUCAAGUGAUGAAGAUUCAGAUCAUGGAAAUGUCAUAUUAAGAGAACUUGCUAAAAAAAGUGCCCAUCCUGACCGGCUGCAUCCAGAACUUUGGUAUAAUGAAUUAGGAGAAAUGAAUGAUGGGCCAGUUUGCAAAUGUAGUUUCAAGUCACAGAGGUCUGGUAUUCGCCAUAAUAUUUAUAUUGGUGAAGGACAGUUUGAACCAUGUUUGCCAAAUACCAAUAAUGCCAAUAAAUUAUAUCAUUAUAGAAUUAGUAUUACUCCACCUACAAAUUUUUUACUUAAAUGUCCUACAACUAUUGAACAUGAACGUAAUAAAUACAUUUUUGAAGGGUUUUCAUUGCUAUCACAUUAUCCUAUUCCCAUAUUGCCAACAUGUAAAGUUAUCCGGUUCAAUACUAAUUAUGCUAUACUAUAUAUUGAAGAAAAGAUGCCAGAUAAUUUUGUAAUACAAGAGUUGGAACUGUUUUAUAAUUUUUUCUUUAAAGACAUAUUGGAAUUAGUAGAUUUAGAUUUUCAUGCUGUAGGCAAUAAAGAUGGAUGUCCUGAAUUUCAUUUUAUGCCCCGAUUUGUAAGAGAUUUACCAAAUAACAACAAAGAAUUACUAUCUAUGAGUAAU